AUGGCCAGAUACAAUUUAAAACAUGAGGAAUUUGAAAUUAGGGACGUUUCUCAAUCAACUAAGAUUAUAAUUGAUACUUUAGACUCAGUUCCUACUAAAGUUUAUUUUAAGCUAAGGGAUAAGUUUAGCUUCUUAGUUGGAGCUGGAUUGUCUAUAAGUAAUAUAGAAUUUGACGCAACCGAUUCAAUUCUUGAUGUAAGAGAGGCUGCUGUCAAUCAACUUUAUCAUAAAUUUCCUAGAGUUACAUCAUCAAUGGACCUUAAAUUUGUUAGGUUAAUUCUCUACCUUCUCAGUCAAUGA